ACGCGAUAAGGAUGGUUCUAGGAUUGGUGAACGAAACACUAUCUCUGCCCGCUGGUUCGCGUAUCACGUGAAACAGCACCAAACUGGAAUAUCGCGUAUCAGUUUCCCGCCGUACAUCAUCAGCGCACGUUGGAAUUGGAAUUGGAAGCACCGAAGCGCUUACGGCUCCCGCAGCAUGGAGCCUAAGUUCGGUGCGUACAUAAAGUUUAACGGCUGCAUUAUAGUGCUCAUAGUCGGGUUUCAUGUAAUUGUAAACGCACAUCAGUGGAUUGUACAGUUGCAGAACCGGGGCGAAUAUCGUUUCCUCGAGGGUCUUGGAAUGCGCCAUCAUCCCGCGGUAGAUGGAGUGUUUCAGAUUAUGUGGAUUAUUGCCGUAACUUCGCUGUAUCAGGCACUCUGGCUGGAGGUGGGACUGUUGCUGUACCCGAUCGGGUUCGUGUUCGGUAUAGAGACGCUGAUUAUUUGUGUCGGGGACGUGAUCAAGCGGUGGAACGAUGAUGUUGAGGAUUGCUACCUGCGCAGAGGUCAAGAUGCAGUCCUGUUCUUCGCGGUAGUAGUGUACUUCUACUACACUUUGUACAUCCUGAAGAAAUUGUUUCGAUCGGAAGAUCGUAAAUGUAAUGCCCUACCACCAGCACCAGGAUCGGUGCAAAGCCAACCAUCCUACCCAUUAGUAAGGGUACACUAGAGACAGAGGACAGCAAAAAAAGAUGUUCCUUUUCUGGGCAGCUCAAUUGACUGACAACCUCUCUAAUGGCAAGCUCGUGUACGCGCGGGCCAUCUUUAUCGGCAAACUGUUUGUUUACGUUUUAGUGAACGUUGUGUGCCCUAGGCUGCUGCUGCUGCCCCUCAACUAUCGCCAGAUGCCUCCAGACUCGGGGGAGUCACAAACCCCACAUAUAUGUGUGAACGAAGGCCGGCAGAGACAAAACCGCUCGCUGUGCUGUUGUUGUUCACUAUGGACGACGUCUCGUUAUCGGAUGAAAGCAUCAAUGUUUACAAGACACCCAAAAUUAUCGGCAACACUUGCGCUCAUUGAUGAGACAUUUGACGGUUUGGUGUAAUUGUUGCACUGGUUGCUAGUCACCGAACACAAAGAGAAGGACAUUACCGCUAACUUUCCGUUGACCCAUUCGCAAUGAAAGUGGAAAGGUUGUUGGCUGUCAUGUGUGCAGGAACCGGGGGUUUGUGAUGGACUAGAGUGUGUCAAGGUUGUCACUUUUCAAUGUAAUGUUUUGUUUUGGGCAAGUAGUUUGAGAUCCUACUUAACCGUUUUGUUGUGUCUAUUUUGUGAU